AAGAUGUUCCCCAGUGCCUUUUUAGCCAUUCUGCUCUACACAGCUGUGGUUCCCCUCCUUGCUCAAAAUGACGUUGAUGUGGCUCGUGGCUCAUCUUCCUGUGAAGAUAAACCCGACUGCCCGAUCAGCGUGUACUUUGUGAUUGACACCUCGGAGAGCGUUGCCCUGCAGACGAUGCCGAUCCAGAGCCUGGUGGAUAACAUCAAAUUGUUUAUCCCUGAAUUCAUCACUAGGCUAGAGAAUGAACUUUACCAGAACCAGGUGUCAAUCACUUGGCAAUUCGGGGGACUUCACUUUUCAGACGUGGUGAAGAUUUACAGCGAGUUCACCAGCAGCAAGGACGUGUACUUAAACCAGCUGAAGAGCAUUCAGUACAUCGGCAGAGGCACUUUUACGGAUUGUGCUCUCUCCAACAUGACGGAACAGAUACUUACCAAGGCGCCCCAGGGAGUGAAGUACGCGAUUGUAAUCACGGAUGGUCAUGUGACGGGCAGUCCCUGCGGAGGGAUGAAGAUGCAGGCGGAAAGAGCACGAGAUGCAGACAUCAAGCUCUUUGCAGUGGCCCCGAGUCAGAACAUCUACGAAACCGGGCUCCGAGAGAUUGCCAACUCCCCACAUGAACUAUACCGAAACAAUUAUGCCACCACGAAGAAAGAUGCCAUUGAGGUCGAUGUGGACACCAUUGAUAGGAUCAUCCAAGUUAUGAAACAUGAAGCCUAUGGAGAGUGCUACAAAAUGCGCUGCCUAGAAAUUGAAGGCCCAGCCGGUCCCAAGGGCUUCCGAGGACAAAAGGGUGCAAAAGGUAACAUGGGAGGCCCCGGAGUACCUGGCAUUAAAGGACGACAGGGUGACCCAGGAAUUGAAGGACCAAUUGGGCAUCCCGGUCCCAAGGGCGUUCACGGGCUAAAAGGAGAAAAGGGUGAAUUUGGAGGAGAUGGCCGAAAGGGGGCCGGUGGCUUAGCUGGAAGGAACGGCACGGAUGGACAGAAGGGCAAGCUUGGGCGUAUUGGAGCUCCUGGCUGUAAGGGCGACCCAGGGGACAGGGGUCCCGAUGGCUAUUCUGGAGAUGCGGGGGAUCAAGGAAUGCCAGGAGACCCAGGAGUAAAGGGUUAUCCUGGCCGACCUGGCCGGAGUGGACAACCAGGGGCUCCUGGAGAAAGAGGAGGCAGGGGACCGAAAGGCACCAAUGGAGCCCCUGGAAGCCCCGGUGUCAAAGGAGGCAAAGGAGGCUCAGGCCCUGCCGGCCCCAAAGGAGAACCCGGCCGUCGAGGCGAUCCGGGCCCAAAGGGGAGUCCAGCCGGCCCCGGAACGAAAGGAGAAAGGGGUGAUCCUGGUCCCGAGGGCCUACGAGGGCUAGCAGGAGAAGUUGGAAGCAAAGGAGGAAGGGGGGAACGAGGACUGCCUGGCCCGCGAGGACCACAAGGGGGUGUGGGGGAACCGGGAACGCUUGGUUCUCGAGGGGAUCCCGGUGAUGCAGGUCCAAGGGGUGACUCAGGCCUUCCAGGACCAAAGGGAGACCGAGGAAGACCUGGCUUUAACUAUCCUGGCCCCAGAGGGCUCCCGGGUGAUAAAGGCGAGAAGGGAGUACAAGGACUGGAGGGUGGAAGAGGGGACUUUGGACUGAAAGGCCCUCCAGGACCAAAAGGCGACAAAGGUGAACCUGCUGAUGCUGGCCCAGAAGGUGAACCUGGACCCAGAGGACCACCUGGUGAUUCUGGCCCCGAGGGAGGCCCUGGUCCUGCUGGAGAUCCUGGCCUAACGGAUUGCGAUGUGAUGACCUACAUCCGAGAGACCUGCGGCUGUUGCGACUGUGAGAAGGUCUGUGGCCCCUUGGACAUAGUCUUCAUCAUAGACAGCUCGGAGAGCAUUGGCUACACCAAUUUCUCCCUGGAGAAGAACUUUGUCAUCAACGUCGUGAGCAGACUUGGUUCCAUCGCCAAAGAUCCCAAAUCGGAGACAGGGGCCCGGGUCGGGGUGGUGCAGUACAGCCAUGAGGGCACCUUCGAAGCCAUCCAGCUCAACGACGAGAACAUCAACUCCCUCUCCAGUUUCAAAGAGGCGGUGAAGAGGCUACAGUGGAUCGCGGGGGGCACCUGGACGCACUCCGCACUUCAGUUCGCCUACAACACACUCAUCAAAGAAACCCGGCGGGAGAAAGCCCGGGUCUUCGCUGUGGUGGUGACCGACGGGCGGCAUGACCCCCGGGACAUCGACUCCCAGGCUCUCUGCGGUGGGGACGUCGAUGUCACGGCGAUCGGGAUCGGGGACAUGUUCCACAAGGAGCAGGAGGACGAGACCUUGAAGUCCAUCGCCUGCGGCGAUGACGGCAAAGUCCAGAAGAUGAGGCUGUUUACGGAGCUAGUGGCCGAAGAGUUCAUUGACAACAUGGAGUUUGAACUCUGCCCAGAUCCUCAGAUUGUCUGUCCAGAGCUGCCCUGCCAAACAGAGCUUUCUGUCGCUCAGUGCACGCAACGGCCAGUUGACGUUGUCUUCCUCCUAGACGGCUCUGAAAGAAUUGGCGAGCUGAAUUUCCAGAGGGCCCACGACUUUAUAGAAAACGUGGCCCGUCGCCUCACGCUGGCCAGAAGUGACAGUGAGAACAUGAACGCCCGCCUCGCCCUCCUGCAAUACGGGCGCGAGAACGAGCAUGUGAUAGUCUUCCCGUUAACAUACAAUCUCACUGACAUCUCCGAUUCCAUAGCACAAAUCAAGUACUUGGACUCUUCUUCCAACCUCGGGUCGGCCAUCAUCUAUGCCGUCAACAACCUUGUAAUCAACCCCAGAGACAGAGCAAGGGGAGCCCGGCGCAAUGCGGAGCUUUCCUUUGUCUUCAUCACCGACGGCAUCACGGGCAACAAGAAUCUGGAUGAGGCCAUUGACUCUAUGAAGAAGCAGAACGUCGUCCCCACCGUGGUGGCCUUAGGCAGCGAUGUGGACAUGGACGUCCUGCUGAAGAUUGGUCUAGGGGACCGGGCGGCCAUUUUCCGGGAGAAGGACUAUGCCAGCCUCUCCCAGCCUGGUUUCUUUGACAGAUUCAUUAGGUGGAUCUGUUAGCUUCAGGGAAAUGCAGCCUCCCAUCAAGCACCACAGAUAUUAAUGUCCUUAAAUUGUUGUAUGGCAUAAACUGUCCAAGGGCAGCUGGCACCAAAAACCCUGCCAGGGAUUUAUUUUUAUAGCCCAAACCUGUAGGCAUAUUUUAAAUUUAAUCAUGAUGAAAGUCAUGUGUAUGGUGCUAAUUAAAACCAAGACCAGAGAAAGGAUCCAGAACCACCCAGUGUACUUUUGCCAUGUGUUAAAGCUUAGUUUGUUUAAACAGUUUUUGUACUGUAAUCCUCUAAGUACU